CGCUCCGCCAUUAUAAUAUAUCAAAUCAAUCAUGUCCGAAUCCAGCUUUUCCCAAUAGAAAGAAACUGCAUCUCCCUUUUUUUCUUAUUUGAGAUUUUCCUGAGAUCCUUGAGAGCAAAGCUGAAUCUGGAAUUGUCGUCCGGAUGGGUUCUAAGUCCGUUGUUGACAUGAUAGAAGCUGCCUCGGGGGUACAUUUUUCUGGUUUACACGUGAAUGGCCACAUGAAUGGGUUGGAACCUAGAGCAGUUAAGGAUACCACUUCUGCAUCAGAAGAUAUCCAAAGACAGCCUUUUGUUAUAGGUGUUGCUGGAGGCGCAGCAUCGGGAAAGACUACUGUUUGUGAUAUGAUAAUCCAGCAACUACAUGAUCAGCGUGUUGUACUUAUUAACCUGGACUCGUUCUAUCACAAUCUGACUGAAGAAGAACUUGCUAGAGUUCAUGAAUACAACUUUGACCAUCCAGACGCAUUUGACACAGAGCAUUUAUUGUCUUGUAUGGAAAAAUUGAGGCAAGGGCAAGCUGUAGAUAUACCAAAAUACGAUUUCAAAACUUACAGGAGCAGUGUUUUCAGAAGGGUAAAUCCUACGGAUGUAAUAAUUCUUGAAGGGAUACUUUUAUUCCAUGAUCCACGCGUCCGAAAAUUGAUGAACAUGAAGAUUUUUGUUUGCACAGAUGCUGACGUUCGUUUGGCAAGAAGGAUAAAAAGAGAUACUGUCGAGAAUGGUAGAGAUAUCGGCACAGUACUUGACCAGUACUCAAAGUUUGUGAAGCCUGCUUUUGAUGACUUCAUUCUUCCGACGAAGAAAUAUGCAGAUAUUAUAAUCCCUCGUGGUGGGGAUAAUCAUGUAGCUAUUGACUUAAUUGUGCAACAUAUUUGCACCAAGCUGGGUCAACAUGAUCUCUGUAAAAUAUAUCCUAAUCUCUAUGUUAUACACUCGACAUUUCAGAUAAGAGGGAUGCACACCCUUAUACGAGAUUCUCAGACAACCAAACAUGAUUUUGUCUUCUAUUCUGAUCGAUUGAUUAGGCUGGUUGUAGAACAUGGUCUUGGACAUCUGCCUUUUACUGAAAUGCAAGUGAUUACUCCAACCGGAUGUGUGUAUUCUGGUGUGGAUUUCUGUAAACGGUUAUGUGGUGUGUCUGUGAUUAGGAGUGGUGAGAGCAUGGAGAAUGCAUUGCGAGCAUGUUGCAAAGGUAUCAAGAUCGGGAAGAUCCUAAUUCACAGAGAAGGCGACAAUGGUCAACAGCUUGUUUAUGAGAAAUUGCCAAAUGAUAUCUCGGAGAGGCAUGUCCUAUUGUUGGAUCCUAUUCUCGGCACAGGAAACUCAGCGGUUGAAGCUAUCAACCUCCUUAUAAGCAAGGGUGUACCUGAGGGAAACAUCAUAUUUCUAAACCUUAUAUCAGCACCUCAAGGUGUUCAUGUUGUCUGCAAAAAAUUCCCAAGAAUAAAGAUAGUGACAUCUGAAAUCGAUAAUGGGUUAAACGAAGAGUUUCGUGUUAUUCCUGUGGUUGCACCACCUCUGUUGUCAUCUCAUAAAUCCAGGUUCGAACCAGGUCUCUCUCUCCCGAGUGGGAGUGUGAGAGAGGUGCUAUGGAAAACACUCUGCUUUUGCUUUGUACCUUACUCUUUCUCUUCUCCACAUAUCCAAUACUUUGGAGAUAAAGCUGGUAUCCUUGGCUGGCAUUUGCAUCCUCGUCCUCUUCAGCAAGAACUCAUCUCUCUUGCACUCCAAACAGCAACCAUGUCUGCUUUUGUCGGCAAAUACGCAGAUGAGCUGAUCAAGACGGCCAAGUACAUUGCAACGCCGGGAAGGGGCAUUUUGGCGGCAGACGAGAGCACAGAAACCAUCGGGAAACGAUUCGCUGGAAUCAAUGUUGAGAACAUUGAGUCCAAUCGCCAAGCUUACCGUGAGCUCCUCUUCACUUCCCCUGGCAGUUACCCUUGCCUCUCUGGUGUUAUACUCUUCGAGGAAACCCUCUACCAGAAAACCUCUGAUGGAAAACCCUUCGUCGAUCUCCUCAUGGAGAACGGUGUUAUCCCCGGAAUCAAAGUGGACAAGGGUUUGGUUGAUCUAGCAGGGACCAACGGCGAGACCACUACUCAGGGUCUAGACUCGCUUGGUGCACGGUGCCAGGAGUAUUACAAGGCAGGAGCCCGGUUUGCUAAAUGGCAUGCAUUCUUCAAGAUUGGGGCCACCGAGCCAAGCUUUCUCUCGAUACAAGAGGACGCCAAGGUGCUAGCCCGCUAUGCCAUCAUCUGCCAGGAGAACGGACUUGUCCCGAUCGUCGAGCCAGAGGUGCUGACCGGUGGGAGCCACGACAUCAAGAAAUGUGCGGCGGUGACCGAGACGGUUCUUGCUGCCGUGUUCAAGGCCUUAAACGACCACCAUGCCCUCCUCGAAGGCACUCUGCUUAAACCUAACAUGGUCACUCCCGGCUCGGAUAGCCCAAAGGUUGCACCGGAAGUAAUCGCGGAAUACACGGUGACUGCUCUGCGCCGCACAGUCCCACCAGCUAUUCCGGGAAUUGUGUUCCUCUCAGGCGUACAGCGGGAAGAGCAAGCGACACUAAAUCUAAACGCAAUGAACAAGCUUGAUGUGUUGAAGCCAUGGACGCUCACUUUCUCUUUUGGCGGAGCCCUCCAGCAAAGCGCUCUCAAGGCUUGGGCCGGUAAGACCGAGAACGUAGCCACAGCUCAGGCCAAGUUCCUGACCAGGUGCAAGGCUAACUCGGAUGCUACCCUCGGGAAAUACACCGGCUGGGCUUCUGGUGACUCGGCCGCCUCCGAGGACUUGGUUGUGAUAGGAUACAGUCAGGCACCUCAAGCUGUUCAUGUGGUCUGCAAAAAAUUCCCAAGAAUAAAGAUAGUGACAUCUGAAAUCGAUAAUGGAUUAAACGUCGUGUUAUUCCUGUGUAGAAGCAAUCACUCAUUUGCUUUAUCCGAGGUUGAUAAUCUUCCUCGGGCUCUCCUUCCGACACGUAUGACAAAUUCUAAUGUAGAACUCGUCUCUCUUGCACUCCAAAAAGCAACCAUGUCUGCUUUUGUCGGCAAAUACGCAGAUGAGCUGAUCAAGACGGCUAAGUACAUUGCAACACCGGGAAAGGGCAUUUUGGCGGCAGACGAGAGCACAGGAACCAUCGGGAAACGAUUCGCCAGCAUCAAUGUCGAGAACGUUGAGUCCAACCGCCAAGCUCUCCGUGAGCUCCUCUUCACUUCCCCUGGCGCUUUCCCUUGCCUCUCCGGUGUUAUCCUCUUCGAGGAAACCCUCUACCAGAAAACCUCUGAUGGCAAACCCUUCGUUGAUCUCCUCAUGGAGAACGGAGUUAUCCCUGGAAUCAAAGUGGACAAGGGUGUGGUUGAUCUAGCAGGUACCAACGGCGAGACCACUACUCAGGGUCUAGAUUCGCUUGGUGCACGUUGCCAGGAGUAUUACAAGGCCGGAGCCCGGUUUGCAAAAUGGCGUGCAGUCCUCAAGAUUGGGGCCACCGAGCCAAGUGAGCUCUCUAUCCAAGAGAACGCCAAGGGGCUAGCCCGCUAUGCCAUCAUCUGCCAGGAGAACGGACUGGUCCCGAUCGUCGAGCCAGAGGUACUGACCGACGGGAGCCAUGACAUCAAGAAAUGUGCGGCGGUGACGGAGACAGUUCUUGCUGCCGUGUACAAGGCCUUGAACGACCACCAUGUCCUCCUCGAAGGCACUCUGCUUAAACCGAACAUGGUCACUCCCGGCUCUGACAGCCCAAAGGUUGCACCUGAAGUGAUAGCGGAAUACACAGUGACUGCUCUGCGCCGCACAGUCCCACCAGCGGUUCCAGGAAUCGUGUUCCUCUCAGGCGGACAGAGUGAAGAGGAAGCAACACUAAAUCUGAACGCAAUGAACAAGCUUGAUGUAUUGAAACCAUGGACGCUGACUUUCUCUUUUGGCCGAGCCCUCCAACAAAGCACUCUCAAGGCUUGGGCCGGUAAGACAGAGAACUUAGCCAAAGCUCAGGCCACUUUCCUGACCAGGUGCAAGGCUAACUCGGACGCUACCCUCGGAAAAUACACCGGUGGGGCUUCCGGUGACUCGGCCGCAUCUGAGAGCUUGUAUGUGAAAGGAUACAAGUAUUAGGAGCGUUUAAAUACGGUUGUGGCCUUUUAUACGGUUUGAGUAUAAUAUGUCAAUGUUUCGUGGGCGUUUCACUGUUUAAAUGUUUAUCGAUUUGAUUUAGCGACUCUGUAAUGUUCUUAAACUGUGUUGUGUUCUUAUGAUGGUUUCUAUAAUAUUUUCGCGCCAUGACAUAACGGUUUCG